AUGAAGGCUCAGCAGCCUCACCAGGACAUCCUAAAAGCUGCACCAGAUGAGCUCGAUAUCCUGCUUGCCGGGAAGAUCCCCCCCAGGAGAUGGAAGCUGAAAGGGCUGGAUUUAUGGGUGAAUGCUAAUACCAACUUCCGGAACAUAUGGUCUGGAACCUGGGACAGGUUUUCCAUGUGCUCAUCCAAGGAGCCGGAGGCUGCCCAGCCUAAGCUUAAGAGGCAAAAAGUGGAUGAUUCAAGGAAGGAGGAGAAGCAAAACUUGGCCCCCAUACAGGUGCUCCUAGAAGACUUUUGCCUUAAUAAAGCCGCCCCCGAUGAAUUCCUCACCUUCCUCAUGAAGAGGGUCAAGCAGGGAAAAGGUCUGCCACAGCUGUGCUGUAGGAAGCUGAAGUUUCUUGAUAUGCCACUCGGACACAUUCAGAAGAUCCUGAGAAUGGUGCAGCUGGACUGUGUCCAAGAGGUAGAAGUGAAUGGCCACUGGGACCUGCUCACCCUGGCCAGCUUUGCUCCUCACCUGAGCCAGAUGGUGAAUCUGAGCAGACUGCGAGUCUCUCACGUCAUGACGAUCUCCUUCACUCCCCGGGCGGCGGAGGAAGUGGACAAGCUACUUUCCCAAUUCAGCACUCAGUUGCUCUGUCUGCACCAGCUCCACCUGGACUCUGUCUUCUUGCUGGAAGGCCACCUCGACCAGGUGCUCAGGUGCCCGAAGACCCCUUUGGUGACCCUCUCGCUGACUAAUUGCUUGCUUUUGGAGUCCGACUUGACCCACCUGGCGUCCUGCCUGAACACCAGCCACCUAAGGUACCUGAAUUUGAGUGAGGUCAACAUGAUGGCCUUAAGUCCCGAGUUCCUCCAAGUUGUGCUAGAGAGAGCCUCAGCCACCCUCCACCGCCUGGCAUUAGAUGGGUGCGGGAUCAGGGACUCCCAGCUCAUGUCCAUCCUGCCUGUUCUGGGCCGCUGCUCCCAGCUCACCAGCUUCAGCUUCCGUGGAAACCCAGUCUCCGUGGCGGCCCUGCAGAGCCUGCUGCGGCACACCGUCCUGCUGAGCAGGUUCAGACUCGGACUUUUUCCUGUCCCUCUGGAGUGCUAUGUGGGCCUCCAAGGCACUGUUGACCUGGGCAACCUUCGACAGUCUCUGGCCGAGCUGAGACUGAUACUGCAGGACUUAGGGCGGCCCAAUUCGGUCUUAUUGUUCAGUGACAGCUCCUGUGCCUAUUAUGUAAUUAUAGUCAAAUCAUGCUUCCUGAUUGGUGAAGAUAGGCUGUUGUACAAGGGCCAGGGCUGGAACAUCAAGGGCGCCCACUCAGGACCCACUUGGAACCCCAUGUUCAUUGGCAUCAGCUUCAUGGGCACUUCAUGGCGGGUGCCCCCGGCCCGGGCCCUCAGGGCGGCCCAGAAUCAGCUGGCCUGCGGCGCGGCAUCGGGUGCCCUGAGCCCCCGAAACGAGGUCAAAGGACACCGGGAUGUGCAGCAGGCAACGUCCCCGGGCGACGAGCUCUACAACAUCAUCCAGACUUGGCCACACUACCGCGAGUGA